CGCGAAACGUUCUUGACGAAACAAAAAACAGACUGAAUAGUGUGUAGUAUUAGGUGAAUUGCCGCCAUUGCAGUGCUUAGAAUAAUGGGAACGAACGUAAUCACUCGGCUGGCACUGAUCGCGACUAUGAUCACCGUGGUCUUCGUAGAACGCCCGUUGGGUGCGCCCAUGCCAGCUGCAGACGGCGCUGAACAGCAGACAGGAUCCACAGACCCCGCUGUGGUACGGUUGAUUCAUUAUCUGAGCUAUUUGAUUGAUUACGUGAUCAGAAAGUACGUUACGGACUGGACGAUGACUAGUCCCAAGGAGGCCUCGGACUAUUUCGACAACGCAUUGGUUGGUGGAAAGCAGAAUGAACCCAGAGUGGACAAUUCGAAGCAGCCCUACAAGCCAGAUGACGUUCAAGCGGAGAAAAAUGUAUAAAUCAUUGACACAAUCCGUAGGUCCUAGUGAAUGUUUCAACGUACAAAAUAUUAAAAAUAGGCAACAGGUGGGAACCAAAUCUAUUUUUUUUCAAAAUGUAUAGAAUGAGGAAAAGAUAUUAAAACAAAGGAAAUCGAAUCUUAUUCCACUCCACGGCGAAAACGAACAGCGAAUCACCAUACCUAAUUAUACUAAUUUGCAUAGACUGUUGAACCUGGUCGGCCUAGACACACGAGCAUUUUUUUUUCAAAGCGGCUUUGCUUUGAAACUGUUAGCGGAAUUAAAAAUAUUGAUACUAUCGGAUCUUACCGGUAAAAUAAAACCUACUGU